AUUUCUGACCAAUUUAGGUUACCCACCUCAGUUUCUGCUGUAGGUUAUCCAGCUGCACACCAGAAUUUUCCAUGUCUGGCCAAAGGGACCCUUCUUAAACAGUUGGAUGCUGUAGGGUGCUGAGGGGUGGGUGCUGGCAGAGUUCAGCAUCAUGGUUUUUCCUGUUGGGAAUUUUGCGGAGCAAAAAUUCACUUUUACCUCUACAUGGUAAGUGGCAAACUACAAGGCUGCUGCUGUCUCAUGGUCCCGUAGUGCCCCUGCUCUGAACGGCCGUGGUUGUGUUGCCACAGGCCUUCAGCUGCCUCAGUAACCUUGGCCUCUGGGGAAGGGACUGCUGAUUAACCUUCAUCACAGACAUGGCAACAGCAGUGCCUGCACAUCAGAGGUGAUGUCUGGAGCUCCUUACUUGCUGCCAUCCAGUCUGUGCUCCUAAGUCAGGAAAGGUGGCGGUCACCCUUAGCCACACAAAACCCCGCUCUUGCAACAAGCUCUAAACAUUGGGUUUGACCCAGAAAUCCUUGGAUUUGACCGAGAUAUGGCAACCGCUGGUUGCUCAUCGGUGAGGCUGGGAGGAAGCGAACUGGCUGGCCGUGUCUGCGCUGUGUGCUCUGCGCCGGCUGCUGUAAUCCAAAGGUUACAGUGCAGGAUUAGCAUGGGUGUACAAAGCCCUUCCUAAUCUGUGAGUCAUUACCCCCUCGCUGCGUUUCACUUCCCAGCAGCUCUGGGCAGGUGGGAUAGGUCUGCUCUCAAGUCUUCGGUCUCCCAGUCCUUCAGUUCAGGGAGGACCGGGUCGGGACAUAACAUCCGCUGGACGUGCUCCCCACAGCGAGCGUGGUAUGUUGCAAGGUCUGUUUGCUCUAACUGGCUUCUGCUUAGCUACCCCUAAGCUCUUCCUUUGCAUCACUUCUCCUUUUUGGCUCUCCCACUUGCUUUUCUUCCCAUCCUUAAAAUGGUGGUGGUGGGGGGAUGUUCUGCACUCCCUGGAAUUAAAUGCCCUCUGGGUCAGGCUGGGCUGACAGAGAUCCCUGAGGACCGCCGCGUGUGUCCGUGCUUUGUUAGUCCUUGUGUGCGGGGUAUUUAGGCUGGCUGAGCUCUUGCCCUCAUGUAAGCUAUGAUAUUAAUAUAUUGGCUCAGGGCAGGGGCCCUGCAAGCUGCUCAGCUGUUGUGUCCUUGAUCUGGAGAGUGGUGACCAGCCUGCCAGCACCUCUACCUGGGCUGGGGACUGCAGGCUGUGGGUGAACCAGGCUUACAUCCAUCAUCCCUUCACCAGCCGGAGCAGAGCUGUGGAGUGGUGUCCCCCGGCACCACCAGGCCCCUCUGGGAGCUGUAAACCCUCCACACACCCAGCACGGGUGCUUUCAGGGGGGGCUUUGAUGGGGUUUUGCUCUGUCCUUCUCUGUAAGGCACAUGCCCAGGAGCAAUGGCGAUGACAGCGUGGGCCUCAGCUGGCCAGAGGUGAAACCUAGAGCCGCUCGGUCCCGUGUGAGUGCCGCUGCAUGAGAUCCCACGCUCUCCGAGCUCCCCUGGCCCCCGACACCCGAUGAUACAGCGAGCCAUGGGCAGCGUCCGAGUCAACCGGUACAGCAUCGUCUCGACCGAAGAAGAUGGACACAAGGUCUCCGCGCUGGGCAGCAUGAACGGGCACAGCCGGAACGGGAAGGGCCAUGCCCCCCGGCGGAAGCACCGCAACCGCUUCGUGAAGAAGAACGGCCAGUGCAACGUCUACUUUGCCAACCUGAGCAACAAGUCUCAGCGCUACAUGGCCGACAUCUUCACCACCUGUGUGGACACGCGCUGGCGGUACAUGCUUAUGAUCUUCUCCGCCGCCUUCCUGGUCUCCUGGCUCUUCUUUGGCUUCCUCUUCUGGUGCAUCGCUUUCUUCCACGGUGACCUCAACGCACCGGCAGUGGGAGGUGGCCCCUCUCUCCUCAAGCCCUGCAUCAUGCAUGUGAACAGCUUCCUGGGGGCUUUUCUUUUCUCAGUGGAGACACAGACAACCAUCGGGUACGGCUUCCGCUGCGUGACUGAGGAGUGCCCGCUGGCCAUCAUGGCAGUUGUGGUCCAGUCCAUCGUGGGCUGCGUUAUUGACUCCUUCAUGAUUGGCACCAUCAUGGCCAAGAUGGCAAGGCCCAAGAAGCGGGCCCAGACUCUCCUCUUCAGUCACCACGCGGUCAUCUCCGUGCGGGAUGGCAAACUGUGCCUCAUGUGGCGAGUGGGCAACCUGAGGAGGAGCCACAUUGUGGAGGCCCACGUCCGAGCCCAGCUCAUCAAGCCCUACAUGACGGAGGAAGGGGAAUACCUACCCUUGGACCAGCGGGACCUCAAUGUAGGCUACGAUGUGGGCCUCGAUCGUAUAUUUUUGGUCUCGCCCAUUAUUAUUGUUCAUGAGAUCGAUGAGGAAAGCCCACUCUAUGGGAUUGGCAAGGAGGAGUUGGAGACGGAGAACUUUGAGAUUGUCGUUAUCCUGGAGGGGAUGGUGGAAGCCACGGCCAUGACCACUCAGGCACGAAGCUCUUACCUCGCAAGUGAAAUACUCUGGGGUCACCGUUUUGAACCAGUCGUGUUUGAGGAGAAGAACCACUACAAAGUGGAUUAUUCGCGCUUUCACAAGACCUAUGAGGUAGCUGGCACACCUUGCUGCUCUGCCCGGGAGCUGCAAGAAAGCAAGAUGACUAUCCUACCUUCUCCUCCACCUCCCAGUGCCUUCUGCUAUGAGAAUGAGCUGGCUCUUGUCAGUCAAGACGAAGAUGAAGAUGAUGAUGAAGUGGGUGUGGCAUUAGGUGGCAGCACCAAGGAAGAGGGAGGCGUCAUCCAGAUGAUGGAUUUUGGAAGCCACCUGGACCUGGAGCGGCUCCAGGCAACUCUGCCCCUAGAUACAAUCUCGUACCGCAGGGAGUCAGCCAUCUAACUCCUCCAACCUCCCCGUGCUACACCCGUUGCCCACCAUCUCCUCCUUUGUUCUGCACCCGUACGUAGCCGGAUAAGUCCCUUGCCCACC